UCCAUUUGUUGACUUCCAUUGGAUACUGAUUAUUUAUUAUUUGAAUUGAUGAUUUAAAGUUGAUUUUGCAGCCUGAAUUCAUAUUUCUGUCUUUUGGUAAAAGUAACAAUUAAAAUAUAAAUAUGAUUGGUGUAAGGUCGAACACUUUCAAUGAUAAUUCUGGAGAACCAGAACAAGAUGCUAAUUCUGCAUUAACGGAAUUGGAUAAAGGUCUGAGAUCUGGAAAGGUAGGAGAACAAUGUGAAGCCAUUGUUAGGUUUCCUCGUUUAUUUGAGAAAUAUCCAUUCCCCAUACUUAUCAACUCUUCGUUCUUAAAGUUAGCCGAUGUGUUUCGUAUGGGUAAUAAUUUCUUGAGGCUGUGGGUACUGCGUGUAUGUCAACAAAGUGAGAAGCAUUUAGACAAGAUUCUAAAUAUAGAUGAAUUUUUGCGACGGGUGUUCAGUGUACUUCAUUCAAAUGACCCCGUGGCGCGGGCAUUGGCACUGCGCACGCUUGGCGCAGUGGCGGGCAUUAUUCCGGAGAGACAGAAUGUGCACCAUGCCAUCAGGCGGGGACUCGAGAGCCAUGACAAUGUGGAGGUUGAUGCUGCUAUAUAUGCAACAACUAGAUUUGCUGCACACUCUAAUGCAUUUGCAGUAGCGAUGUGCAACAAGUUAUCAGACAUGGUGGAGUGUGAGAGCACGGCCGCAGACAGGAGAGCAAAGCUGGUUCGCGCCCUUAGAACUGUCCAUGGUGGAGCGGUGCGGGCGCAGGGUGUGCUCAAGCUGUUGCACUCCCUGCUGGAGCGCUUCCCCUCCAGCAGCUCAGUUCGCGCCGCCAUCUCUGCGCUUACCGCCAUUGCCGCAGACACCGUCGUACACGUGCCCGAUCAGGUGGAACUCCUGCUAGGUAUCACAGCAAAGGAGGCGCGCAGUGCGGUGCGGCGCGCGGCGCUGGCGGGGCUGCAGCGGCUGGCGGAGCACGCGGCGCUGUGGCCGGCGCACUGCCUGCAGCGGCUGGCCGGCGCCGCCGCCGACUGCCGCGACCCCCGCGACGCCAUGCUCUGCCUGCGCGUCAUGCAGACCCUGGUGCGGUGCCCGGCGGUGUGCGCGGCGGCGGGCUGGGGCUGCGGCGCGGGCGCGGGCGGCGGCGCGCUCAGGCACUACUGCUUCGAGGCCACGCUCAGCGCCGACCUGCGCCGCGCCGCCACCGCCGCCUUGGUGCUCACGCGUCUCGUCGUGCACUGCUACGAGGAGAGUCUGCCGGUGGAGGGGUCCGACCUGAUGCUGGCGCUGGAGUCGCUGGUCAUCGCCACCGGACAGCAGCCCGGACACAUCAAACCCUUGAGGAUCGCCUUGCGUUGCCUUGUGCAGCUGAGCAUCGCGGAGCCGAGCCUGUACGCGGAGCGCACCGCCGCCACGCUGGCCGGCCAGCUGGACGCGCCGGGUGCGGGCGGCGAGGGUCGCGGGCGCGCGCUGGCGCUGGUGGAGGCGCUGGCGGCGCUAGGCGGGGCGGCGCGCUGCACCCACCACCUGGCGCCCGCGCUGCCAGCACUGCUGCGCGCCUUCAACAGGGAGAGCGCUGCGAGGUGCGAGGAGGACGAGGACGAAGACGACGGCACGAUGCUGGUGCUCGUGUGCACGGUGAUGUUCCAGGAGCGCGCCGCCGCACGACUGCGCGCGCGCCUCAGCACCGGCUGGGAGCGCCGCGUGCUGCACGCCGCCCACCCCCGCGACGGCUGGACGCGCUACCGCCUCGCCCGCGCCGCGCUCAGGUACGGGCACCAGGCGGUGGCCGCGGAGCUGCUGCGCCGGCUGAGCGGCGAGGCGGCCAGCGAGGCGGCGCAGCGCUGGCUGAGCGCGCUGCACCGCGCCGCCGACGCCGACGCGCGCCUGCUUCGGGAAGGCAUCUCCGGGCUGGAGGCGUGCAGCGGGCUGUGGGAGGCGUGCGGGGACGCGGGCGGCGCGGGCGGGGGCGCGGGCGCGGCGUGCGCGGCGGGGUGCGCGGGGUGCAGCGCGUGCACGCCGCUCGCCGCCGCGUGGAUGAGCGCGCGCGCCGCCGCCCUGGCCGCGCUGGGUGCCGCCGCCGCCGCCGCGCGCGCGCUGUGCACGCAGCCGCCGCCCGCGGUGGCGCAGGCGGCGCGCGAGGCGAGCGGGCGCGCGGGCGCGGCGGCGGGGGCGCUGCGGCGGGCGGCGCGGCAGGCGGGCGCGGCGGCGCAGCGCUACGCGCACAUCGCGCGCACCGCCUUCCACGCCGACGACUCCACGCUCGACCACCUCCACAUCUCGCAGCACACGUUCGCUCAGCUGGCGCAGUUCCUGGAGCGCGCGGGGGGCGGCGCGGCGGGCGAGGGCGAGGCGGGCGCGGCGCCCCCUGCACCCCGCACUGUGGCUGGGGGCGGGGGCGGGGGCGGGGUGGUGCUGCGCGCGGUGCAGACGGUGACGCCGGUGCGCGACUUCUUCUCCGCGCAGCAGCUGGUGAGCGUGCCCGCCGCCGGUCUGUACACUGUGGCCGUCGACGCCGCCUUCGUAGACGACAAGGGUCAGCUUUGGCUCACUGGACCCCGCACCACCAUACUCGUCAAGGCGCACGACGACCCCGCCAGCAAGGGAGCGGCGCAACCCCCGCGCACCAGGUUCUAGUGCCACCGCGACAACCCUCUUACUUUGUAUCAAUUAUAACUUCUCCAAUAAAAUGCAUUUGAUUACACGUUUA